UCGACGUGCCGUUCGGCUGUUCGGCAGUCACUUUCCAGACGACGGACCUGACUAGUCCAUUGAAAUUUGAUACACAGACGUUUCAACUUUAUUAUACAAAAGUACCAACGUUAACCAAAGUAUUUACUAUCUGCCUUCCGCGAUGAAGUCAAAACAAAAAACAGCAAAUAACAAAGGUAAUGAAGAUGCGGGCUUCAACAAUUUAUGGUCAUUUGGAUGUUUCGCCUUCAUAUUACUUUUAAUAAUUGUUAUAAUUAUAGCACUCUUCAAUGUAUUCUUAAAACAGCCAAUUGAUAAAUGGGACUUUCCCAUUGAAAAUUUAAAAUUUGGAAAAUACCUCGGAGAAGGCGCCUUUGGUAUUGUCCAAAUGGCAUUAGCAGCAGGAAUCAUAAGUAAAAACGUUGAAACGGAAGUAGCCGUUAAAAUGUUGACAGCUCGUAAUAAUGAAGAUAUAUCGGAAUUUAAGUCGGAAAUCGAUUUCAUGAAAAAAAUAGGGAAUCAUAAGAACAUUACUACCCUAUUGGGCAGUUACGAACAAAACGGGUACCCGUGUGCCAUUAUAGAAUAUGCAUCCAAUGGUAACAUGUUGAGUUUUUUGAGUUCAAUGAACCCACGAGUGUCAGAAAAAGAACUAUUAUCUUACGCAAAUCAAGUGGCACAAGGAAUGGAAUAUCUGCACGGCAAAAAUUGUAUUCACAGGGAUUUGGGAGCUAGAAAUGUCUUAGUGACAAAAAACCUGGAAAUAAAAAUAGCAGACUUUGGAUUAUCCAAGGAUAUUGGAACGAAAGGUUACUAUAAAGAAAGCCGAUAUACAUUGAAUGCACGUUGGAUGGCGCCUGAAUCAGUCAAGGACAAUAUAUUUACAUUCAAAUCCGAUGUUUGGACAUAUGGAGUAUUCUUAUGGGAGAUGUGGACCUAUGGAAAGCUACCUACUCAAAUUCCCUUUGGCCAAUUGUUGGCAGGAAAGCGAUUGGACCAACCACUUGACUGUUCCGCCGUUAUUUACAAGAUUAUGUUAAGAUGUUGGGAUAUUAUACCGGAAAAAAGACCGACAUUCCAAGAACUGGUGAAGUGGAUCGAAGAGAUACUGUCGUCCAGCCGAGAAUAUUUGAAACUAGGUGAACACGAUGUCCUAGUGUCCUACAGCUGAGAGAAGUCUCCAUGUUAUAUUAAAAUAACUAUUUCUAUACUAAAAUAAAAACCCGGGAUAACUAAUAACGACAAGCCAUACGGAAUGUAGGAUGAUUCAAUAUACAUAGUUAUACGCACUAAUUAUAUACACACGCAUAACAUGCAACACUUAAAUAAUAAUCCAUAGCCUUCCGAUCAAGACAUUCAGUAGAAACAACACAGUAUAAAUUACUAGCGGUAGUGUGGUACCUUUGUCACAACGCACAAAAUUAAAUUAUAAACACAUCAAUACUUUAACAUUGCGUAUUAAUCGAUGUAUAUCAAAAGACGCGAUUACAAAAAAAUCACUUUAUAUAAGGAUCAUAAAGAAUCAACUUUUUUGCUGUCUUUUUCACAAGAGGAUCCGAUGCACAACGUCCACACCAGCCAGUAUCUCAAAAGAAGCCUCAAACACAUCGUCUAUGCCAGUAUAUUAUGCACUUCAACCAUAUUUUUGCCAUUCAAAGCGAAUGCGUUCUUAUAUAUAAUAUAUAUCAGUGGUUCCCAACCUUUUUCAUUCUACACCCCCCUUGUAAAUUUACUAAAAUCUCACCCCCCCCCCCUUUAAAUUAGAGUUAAGGCGAAUUUUUUCGCUAAAAAAAAAAAAUAAAAACAAAACAAAAAAAACAACUAUUUACUUCUAUUAUUUUCAUUAUUUUAAAAAUUUACUAUAAAUCAAUGACAAUAAUCAAUAAUAUUAAGUAUAAGAAAAAAUUAUUGAAUAUAAAAACAAAAAUAUUAAUAUAAAAUAUAAAAAAUACAAGUAAAUUUAAGUUUAGUGAUUUAAAUUUUACACAUUUUAAAAUAACAUAAUUUUUUUCGUAAUUCCAUAAUCACUAGGUAUAUUCCCCCCCGAGCAGACUCUGAAGUCCUACCCGGUUGGGAACUGCUGAUAUAUAUGGCAUAUUACUAAUGCCCCCGAGGCGUCGAUAAAAUAUAUAAAAAAUAAAAAAAUAUAUGAUAUAUCAGAUUGCUUUUUCAACGGUUUUUCAUUAAACUGAUAAACGUACAAAAAAUAAAAAUAAAAAAUAAAAUAUAUUUAUGUAUAAUAUUGAGUUAUUCUAGCAUUCGGUAUGACUAUCUUAUUAAUUAUCUCGGAUUACCGAACAAAACUUACUUUGUUAAUUAUUCAUUCACUAUACUAUUCAUACCUAUCUAUUCACGCCUUUUUACAAUAAAACAAGUUCUGCGACUAUCGUCGUAUUA